CCAUCCGUUACGCAAGUGCUAAAUAAAACUAUAACCUGAACGUAUUUGUUUUUAUACUAUACUACUGUUUAUUAAAAGAACCUUUUAACAUCAUUUGAUUGAAUUUUGCAUACAUCUAUAAAAUAAUAAGGUACUCAAAAAAUGCCUCCUAAGAAAGAAACUAAAGCAGCAUCCGCAAAGACAGGAAAAAAGGGCAAUGAAGAAGCGGCCGGCAAAGAGAAAAAAGGUGGUAGCGCAGUUAAAGUGCGACAUAUUCUGUGUGAAAAACAAAGUAAAAUAUUGGAAGCGUUAGAAAAGCUCAAAGAGGGACAGAGCUUCAAUGUGGUGGCCACUAAUUAUAGUGAAGACAAGGCUCGACAAGGGGGUGACCUAGGAUGGCAAAUACGUGGAUCUAUGGUCGGGCCAUUCCAAGAUGCUGCAUUUGCACUGCCAAUUUCCACAAUAAAUGCCCCAAAAUACACUGAUCCACCGAUAAAAACAAAAUUUGGUUACCAUAUCCUGAUGGUUGAAGGAAAGAAAUAAAAACUUUACAGCUACCUUUAAUAAUUUUUCAUCUGCUUUUUAUUAGUAAGUCUUUUUGAAUAAACUUUUUCGGUUACUUUCGAUA